AUGACGAUAGUCACACGGACCCGCUUCUGGGAUAACUACGACAUAACGGAGUGGAACAAACGCCAAAAGGAAAAGAUGCGAGCUCACCAAGAAUUCCAUCAUCAAUUUCACGCCACACCGUCUUUGUCUGGGAACUCAUCAUCUGAAUCCACGACAACCACCGUCGCUACUCCAACCCUCAAGAUAAACCAUGGGCCCCUACGCUUCCGAAAUCUUCGGACCCCAACGUCGAAUCCUCAAAGAGUGGGAAGAGUACAAGGACAACGAAUCUACUCCUGUCGUCCAAGUAAUCCAACCAAAUAUUGGGUUCAAUACGAUCUUCGCUAUGGCAAGAGCGCUCCACCAAUUGCUUGGGAAGACAUGAUGGAAGUCAUACCAGAUUAUGGAUACGGAGUAUUUUAUUUGGAUGAAGAUCUAAAGACUAUGGGCCUACCUUUUCCAUCCCAAAAGAACCCAAACAUCAAAUAUGAAGUCAUCAUUCUCCAAUAUGACAUGAGCGAAUGGAACCAACGACAGAAUCUUCUGUUCGGAAAAAGCGUCCCCUCAAUUGCAUCAGAGGAAAUAAUGGAUGUGAUCCCUGACUAUGGAGAACGAGUCAAGUAUGCCGAUGACAAUCUCAAGAAGAUGGGUAUCGUGAAAAAAUGGGUAGUAUAA